AUGGUGUCCUUCUCCUGCGAGGGCUGUGGGGAUGUCUUGACCAAGAAGAAACUCGAUCCACAUCGUAACCAAUGUCGCGGCGCCUCGUUCACAUGUCUGGACUGCAUGACCUGGUUCCACGGAACAGACUAUAGAUCGCAUACAUCCUGCAUAAGCGAAGCACAGAAGUACCAAGGACAUCUCUACCGACCAGAGAAGGACAAUCAGAACAAGAAGGCCAAGACUGAGAAGCGCAAGUCUAUGAACGGGUCACAAGCAAUGGUGCCCAAGGGCGCCUACGUGGAAGAUGCGCCGGAAGGAGAUGACAUGAAUACAGUGGCUGUCGUCGACGUUCCGCCUCGAGCACCAACUCCUCCCCCAGCUCCUGAGGCACUUCCGGGAAGUGUCAAUGUCUUCGAUUUCUUGGUCAGCGAUGCAACUCCAAAAGGUGCUGUUCAAGCGCCGGAUGAGCGCAAGAUGUUGGAGGAGUCACAGUACUCGCAAUACUCACAGUACUCCAAUGGCAAUGGCUCGAGGUACCUUCAGCAUGGAUUCUCCUACGGCAACGCGCCUCUACAGCCCGAAUUCCAGCGCUACGAUUCCUGGAACAGCAUGGCCAACAUGGUUCACGAUUCGCAAGACUCCCAGAACCUCAUGCCUCCGCCCUACACCACACCUGCACCGAAAGAGCACAAGAAGGAGAAGAAGGACAAGCGUACCGGCGAGAAGAGAAAGCGCAAUGUCGACGAUCUUGAUCUGUCAAGUGUGAAGCGACCAGUAUCGCGCGAUCAGCCAAUGUCCGAAGCACCUCGAAUCGGUGGCAGAGCGUUGCACUCAGGCCUUACAGGCGGACUCCAGCGUUUAGUAACCGACAACGACUUCUAUGAGGACCGCAUCGAGGCCGGACCAACACCUAUCAGCCCAUCGAAACGCAGCAAGCGCGAGAAGGAAGCCAAAGAUGGCGCAGCAGAGAAAGAGGCGAAGAAAGAGCGCAGAAAGUCGUCCUAUGUGAAGAGUUGGAACGACACCGCAUCGAAGGCACCGUCGAGUAGACGCGACCGCUCGCGAAGUCCGAUCAGCGAUCGUCAUCGUAGAAGUCGCCGCGACGACUCCGCCUCGUCAGAAGACCGUUCGCGCGUCAGCCGGCGCAAAGCCAUCGACUAUCCAGAUCGCCCUGGCUCGGUCCAGCCAACGGCUUCCAAUACUAUGACCGUCUUCAAGUCGCGAGCGGACCACUUCAUGUCUUUGGUCAACAAAGGUCCCGAAAGUGAGCGUGGCAUCUCCAUCAACAAGGCACUCAAGCGCUUCCACCGAGACCGCGAUGCCCUGAGAAGUGAUGAGAAAGAGGACGAAGAUAAAGAAUUGUGGAAGUCUUUGCGCAUGAGGAGGAACUCAAGAGGAGAGAUUGUGCUUUUCCAGGAGCGUUGA